CUUCUCCAAUGGGAACACCGGAGGGGAGUCACAGCACUGUGUCCUCCGACUUUACUACGAAGGUAAAGCGAAGCCAAAGCAAUGGGGAGGAAACGCAUCAAAAGUUCACUUAAUGUUUGAAGAUAACUAAGAUGCCUGGUUUUGUUUCAUGCCCUGCCAGUCAACUAGUCUUUGGAAUCAUCGUCCUCUACUCUGUCCACAUCAAGUCGGAGAUAUGGACCAAUGAAGUUUCAGAUGUCCAGUUUGGUAGACUGGGCUCCAGGGUCACCCUCACAUGCGGAGGCUCUUACAGAGGGUCUCCGGUGGAAUGGCGGUUCAAUGGAAGCUCAGUGCUGCCGUGGCCAACACAGAUCUCUGAGGAUUUGCUUGCGCUCCUAAGCACCAGGCACUAUAUGGAGGGCAACUAUAGCUGCCAUGAUGAAAGAGGGACUUUACUGCAGACCGUCAAACUACGCCUGGGCCACCUGCCUCAUUUUGUCAAUGUUUCUUGCCGUGUGCCAAGUCAUAAUGCAAUCUACUGCUCCUGGUUGCAAACUAAGGCAACACACCUGCCAACAUUGUUUAUCUCCUCUUACAGUGUUAAAGGCAAAGGAGCUGAACCCUGUGAGCAGGAGAAUAUUGGGGUGAAUGAAUGCACGAUUACCAACCCUCCGAUCUGGAGCUCAAAGCUCCUGGUGAACAUCACAGAGAUGAACCCACUGGGAUCGAACUCCACUAUUAUACAAGUAGAUUUUCAUAAACUCUUGAAGCCAGAUCCUCCUGAUGACAUUACGGUUCUGCAUAUGGAGUAUCAGCCCACACAGUUACUGGUCCAGUGGAGAAAUCCUGCAUCUUGGCCUGAUGAAUUUAACGGAGCCUUUCCUUUAUUAUUCUCGUUGCGAUACCGACCAAUUGGCUCCAGCUACUGGUCAAUGCUGGAGACCGAGGACAACACCAGUCUGAGGAUCAUGGACGCUCUGAUGGGUCAUCUACAUCAGAUCCAGAUCAGAGCUAAGGACGCCCUGAUCAAUCACAGCCAAUGGAGUGAAUGGAGUCAUGUGGUAGAGGCCCGACCUUGGAUCAACCCUUGGGAAGAGCCAACAGAGGAACCAGUGGAUUUUAGCUAUUCAUUUUUCAACUUGUCAUUUCCUGUUCGGGCAACAGACAUGUCUCUAGAUUCGUCAUUAGACCUAAAUGGAAGCCUUGGCUUGUUGGUUUUACUGGGGCUGUUUGCUGCAGUCAUGGUGGCCAUCUUGUUAACAAUCUUAGCCCUUCUAUGUGUGAGACAAAAGAAACGAGACAAUGUGUUGAAGCAGGAACUGACCUCCAUGGUGAAGAUGAAGUCCAUACCGAUUUGAAAUUUAAGAAGUUCUCAGACUCCAGUUCGACCCACAUAGGGCAUCAGCAUAGGGAAUCACCACCACUGCGGCGCUGACAGACUACAUAACCCACAAUCCACCUCUCCUCUCACUGCUCAGGGGAUGGGCUCCUUUUGGCUGAGUUCUGAGUCCCGUGAACUGUGAACAUGUACAGGUCUACAAUGUAGCACAAUGCAAUGGAAAAACACAAAGAAUUCUUUCUUUUUCUUUUUUCCUUCCUUUCUUUCUUUUUCAUUCUUUCAAAAGGCUUGGACAAUCAAAAACUAUCAAACGUUUCCUAUACUCCCCAUACUCCGCUAUACUCCAUCUGUGACUCUUGGAAAGCUGUGAAAAAGCUGAGCAGUCAGCUGGAUGUGUGCAGCUCAUGGGGCAUUAUGGAAAAACAGCUGUUGUCUACGUUUCAGUACACAAAAACUCACUCGUCUGGCAAAAACGAGACUCGAUAACCUUAAACCGCUGCUAUCUGUGGAGUACAGAAUAUCUACCGUUGUCUUGGCACUCCACUGAUGGAUACACAUUUUUUUCCUCAUUACACUGUUUCAUGAAAAUGUCUUGGAAAGAUCGAAUUUCAUAACAUGUGGGCACGUCUGCAACUGAUUUUUGUCGUUGGUUAGUUUUCAACCAGAUCUUAAGCAUCUAGUUCUCUGCAAUAAACUCCCAUAAAUUGCAUUUAACUGCAAAAAUAAAUCAAUAAAUCUUAAUCAUUUUUUAAUUGUUUUCUAAUAAAAGUAAAUAAACACCCCUAGCAUACUUAAAACAAGACACAUUUACUAUAAGCAAUAGUGUGUAAGAGAACAUGAUUUGCUUUUAGAGAGUAUACCUUGAAUUAAGUCCCACCCCACUGUCGUUUUUAUCUUGUUUUAAGCAUAUAUGUCACAAAAUUCUGUUAAUUUAGAAGUAAUCAAGAUGUAUUUCUAUAAAGUCAUAUUUUCUUAUUGCUUCAAGUAUUGCUUAUCUUGUUAUAAGGCUGUUUAGAUAUUUUUACUGGAAAACAAGACAAAAACGCUGAUUAAGAAAAUAAUUAUUAUUGUAUUUAUCUUUUUUGCGAUGUUCAUCUUGAUAUGAACAUUGGAGGUAAUGUCUUGAAAGUACAGUAUUCCCCAGUAACAACUAUCAGUACUGAAACACACAAGCCUCAUUGACUGCCUACAAUGAGGGACACAAACUUCUUCGAGCUGGUGUUUAACAGAAAUUGGACCUUCACUGCAAUUAAUGCAUUUUAUUUCUGUUUUCACUCCAUGGAAUGGACUUAUUUUUCAACUGAAGAAAAUGUUCAUCCUCAGUGCAUUGAAUCGAGACAUGAAUGUAAAUCAAUCUUACAAUGUCAUAUAUACGCAUUUGUAAGGUGAUGUGUUUAUACUUUAAAGCUGAUUUAUUUCUAUGUUGAAGCUAAUGCAUAUUCAUGAUAUUAGAAUUCUAUUGAAGCUCAUCUACAAAGUUAUAUUGUUAUACAUUUAUGCAGUUAUAUUGUAUAUAAUUUCUGUACAGCGGAUUGUUCUGUUGUACAUUGAUUCCCCAGUGAUAUAAAGCUCAAGUGCAUGCGUUUUGUUUUCCUUUUAUACAUGAUAAAUCACCAUAGUUGUCCUUUCUUGGUACAAACAAAAAAGUCUUUGACUCUGAAAUGAGACGUGACCAUAACCAUCAAACGUUAUCUCGCCCUCCUGUAUCGUUGUGUCUUUGAUGGUGCUGCUUAUCAGAUUCUUAAAACUUACCUUUCUAAUCAGUCUUUUGUACAACGUUAGGUAUUGAUUAGGUUUUUGAUGUUUUACAAUGCAAGUUCUUUGUGCUCCUCACUCAAAAAAGAAAUAACUAUUUGAUUCUAUCAUGGACAGUGGUUGCACGUGUUUGAAAUGAGUUUCCUUAAAUGAAAAGCACCAUGUAAUAUCAACUUAAAUAUUUCAAGUAGUGGAAACCUAAUUGAAUCAAGUAAAUCCAACAAAAUUUUACAUGUCAAAAUAAUUUUUAGUGAAAGGCCAGCUAGUGACAGGAAUGUUAGCAUGCUAAAUAUAUGCUGGUGGGAAGCACUACUGAGAGCAAAUUGGUAACUAUGCUGUAGUUAACACAGCAAUUGCUCAAUGGAUAAAGCAGUAGUAUAAUUACAACAACUACAGUAAAUACUAGAUACUAACCCUGAACCUAACCUCAACCCAACCUUAACCCAUAUUAAGUACAUGUAGUUACCUAAUAUUACUCUGUAUUUUCUUGGGUAAGAACACUAAGUAUACUGAAAGUACAGUAUUGUAAAAUAAAGUGCAACCAAUAAAGCAAUAUGCAGAGUACUCAAAAUGUGGGGUAACCCCCAAAACUACUGAAAUUCUUUUAAAUCUCAACAUCACAAAACAUUAAAGUAUUAUUCCAGGUUCAAUACAAGUUAAGCUUAAUCAACAGCAUUUGUAGCAAAAUAAUGAUUAAAAAUUCAUUUCGACUCGUUCCGCCUUUUCUUUAAAAAAAAGCAAAAAUCUGGUUACAGUGAGGUACUUACGAUGGAAGUCAAUGGGGGCCAAUUUUUUUGUUCAAAUGCCCACUGUUUCUUACUAACAUUUUCUGUGUUUUUAUAGCCAAUUUUGCAUCUUCGUUGCCAUGACGAUGUAAUGUCAACAAACACUAUGAUCUUAAAAGACUGUAAAAAUUACAAUUUCAACAACUUUACAGCUCAAAUAAUACAUGAGUUUUAACAGAAGAAUUAAUGUAAGUUCUAUUGUAAAAUUAUAAGUUUCACAUUUCUGCCUUUUAAACCCUCUAAAAAUUGGCCCCCAUCCACUUCCAUUGUAAGUGCCUCACUGUAACCUUGAUUUUUGCUUUUGUUAAUGAAAAGGAGGGACGAUUCUAAAUUAAUUUAUGUGGUAAUCAACAUUAUGCCACAAGUGCUGUCGAUUGAGCUUAACUUGGAUUUAACCUGGAAUAUUCUUUUAAACACUAACAAAUCACACUUUAUUUUAACAUUUACACACUCUGUCAAGUCCCAAGUUUCAGUUAACCAAACAAAAAAUAUUUAUUUAGUAUUCAAGACACUUUUUAUAGUUGAAUUAGCUUAGUUCAUUUAAAUUCCCAUUUACAUAAUUUUUUUAGUAAUAUGAACAUGGGAGAAUCGAUUAAAGCUAAGGAUAGGGGAAGGUCCUUUUUCUUUCGUUUUUCUUAGUGCUUGCGUAUGUGAUUUUUGCCAAAUGUUUUUGAAGUCAACCUGAUAAUUCAAAGUCAGUGAUAUUUUCUGGUAAUGUCAGCAAAUGUGCACAAACCCCAAAAGAACAUCUAAAAUAUCUCACUUCUUUUGUGUUGAAGUUUCACUGUGAUAAUUCAUGGAAAAAUUGGCUGCAGACUUAUGUUUCCACCAUUAACUCAUAACCUCUGCUGCUUUUGUGCCUUAACAUUUUUGCCUGUUUCUAUACCACCAGUAGUGCAUAUAUGGGACUGCAAUAUUUAUACUGCAGAUUGCCUGAGAUUGGUGCUCUUAUGGUAUCCCCCAUUAAAUUAGAUUUUGAUUUUUUUUUUAAAUAGUAAUAAUAAAGGUUUUGUCAGCUUUUCCAGUGGCCAGUUUGGUGAUAUUAUUUUAGUAGAUGAUACACUUGUGCCUUUCUGUUGUUAAAGUUGUGUAUGUGAGCAAUAAUAACAUUCUGUUGAAGUUUAAGUGAGUUGGUUAACGGUUGUUGUUAUGGUUGAAGGUUUAAGAGGUAGAAAUGUGAUUCUCCUUGUGGAGAAGUUUUGGAUCAUUAUACUAUACUGUAUAUUGCAUGUUCCAAGGUGAUGCAAUUACGACUGUUUGAUAAAAUUGUAUUUUUCUGUACUACUCAAAUGUUAUCAUUAUUAUUAACAUUUAGUAACGCAUCUGAAAAUUGUAACGAUCUUUUCAAAAAAUUGGUAAAACUUUACAAUUAGGUUGUAUAUGUUGUCUUUAGUUAAUGCAAUAACAUGACAAUUAUUUAAUUAUUAAUCUUGGUUAAUGUUAAUUUCCACAUACACAAGAAAUAAUAGUAUUUCUAUAAAUAGACCAAGAUUAAGAAAUGCUGUAAUUGUUCAUUAGUAAAUUAUACCUUAUGCAUUUACUAAUGAUAACGUACAGAGCAUUAUUGUAAAUUGUUAACAAAAUAUCUUCUCACAAUUUUCACUUUCAUUGACUUGUUUAUUUUUAGACCAUUGAACAAUGCCAUCUGUAACUGACUCAAUAAAGAUGUGUUGAACUUCAAUGCAGGUCUAAUUCCACCACUCUGACCAACAAGUCUUGCGUCAGAGAAAUGUAAUCUCACACUGAUGAAAGAUUCCAGAUGACAGAGCCAAAGGAAACAAGCCAUCCAUCUAUUAUUAGCAUCUAUAUAUCAGCUAAACAUUAAAACCACUGACAGGUGAAGUGAAUAACAUUUAUAAUCUCGUUACAAUGGCACCAGUCAAAGGGGUGGGAUAUAUUAGGCAGCAUGUGAACAGUCAGUUCUUCAAUUUCAUGUGUUGGAAGCAGGAAUAAUGGGCAAGCUCUUUCAGCAGGAUAAUGCGCCCUGCCACACUGCAAAAAUUGUUCAGGAAUGGUUUGAGGAACAUGACAAAGAGUUCAAGGUUUUGACUUGGCCUCCAAAUUUCCCAGAUCUCAAUCCGAUUGAGCAUCAGUGAGAUGUGCUGGACUAACAAGUCCAUGGAGGCACUACCUCGCAACUUACAAGACUUAAAGGAUCUGCUGCUAACGUCUUGGUGCCAGAUACCACAGUACACCUUCAGAGGUCUUUUGGAGUCCAUGCCUCGACGGGUCAGCGCUUUUUUGGCGGCACGAGUGUGACCUACACGAUAUUAGGCAGGCGGUAUUAUUGUUGUGGCUUAUCGGUAGCAACAACAUUAAAACCACCUGCCUAAUAUCGUGUAGGUCCCCCUCGUGCUUCCAAAACAGCGCCAACCCGCUUCUCAGAAUAGCAUUCUGAGAUGAUAUUCUUCUCACCACAAUUGUACAGAUUGGUUAUCUGAGUUACCGUAGACUUUUUCAGUUCAAACCAGUCUGACCACUCUCUGUUGACCUCUCUUUAAUGAAGUGUUUCUGUCUGCAGAACUGCCCCUCACUGGAUGUUCUUUGUUUUGGCACCAUUCAAAGUAAAUUCUAGAGACUUGUGUGUGAAAAUCCCAGGAGAUCAGCAGUUACAGAAAUACUCAAACCAGCCUGUAUGGCACCAACAAUUAUUCAUGCGAUUACGUAAUCAGCCAAUCAUGUGGCAGCAGUGCAUAAAAUCAUGCAGAUAUGGGUCAGGACCUUCAGUUAAUGUUCACAUCAACCAUCAGAAUGGGGAAAAAAAUUUAUUUCAGUGAUUAGGUCCGUGGCAUAAUUGUUGGUCCCAGAUAGGCUGGUUUGAGUAUUUCUGUAACUGCUGAUCUCCUGGGAUUUUCACACACAACAGUGUUUUGGCUGCACGAUAUUUGGGACCUACAUAAUAUUAAGCAGAUGGGUUUAAUGUUGUAUCGGUGUAUAUAUAUUGUUAUUUCCCAAUUGCUUUUUACCUUUUCUUCAAUCUUGCAUGCAUGAUAUAAAAUGGAAAUCUAAUUGCAGAGAUAAAAAAAACAUUGGACUACUGUUGUGUGUUAAAUAGGGAAAGUUGAGCACGAAGAUGUCCAAUAUGUACAUUGUAUUUUUUUUUUCUGUACAACAUAAGCUGUUUUAUUAUUUUUCUGUUCAUAUUUUUGUUAAAUAAAAUUAAUUUUAUCAG